UUACCGGUUGUUAAAAUGGAUUACACAUCCGCACAUCCAAUGUCGACGGACGUUAGUUGGUUGAGUAAUGACGACUUUAAUGGUAGUACAAUCAUACCGGUUAUGACAGCAAAUAGAUCCUUGGCUAACUUAAUUCAGGACAAAAUGAAUACAGCUCAGUACUUCGUGUGUCCGACGUUAUUUGUUCUUGGAAUAGUUGGUAAUAUACUGACCAUUUUGACAGUUUCACAAGUGCAAUUUCAGCAGAUGACUUCUCGCUUUAUAUUGUUGGCAUUGGCGGCAUCGGAUUCUCUUCUUCUCUUAACAAAUCCCUUUAAUCAGCAAUUCAUGCCGGCAAUUUUGGGUCUAGAUGUAAGAACACUUUCUAGCGAAGGAUGCAAACUGUUUUUCGUCAUGUAUCGAGUUGGAAAAAUGUCGUCCUCUUGGUUUAUUGUUUUGGUUGAUAUUGAACGUUUUGUCGCAAUACUGUUCCCGUUAAAAGUAAAGCGUUUGAUUACAAAGACGACUAUUUUGAUUGCUAUAGCUAUUAUUUAUGUUCUUAUGUUUACCAUUUCCGGUGUUUGGACAAUAUCCACUGGUAUAGUAAACGGGACGUGUAGAGCAGAUGUCGUGAACACUAACACGCUAAGUGUACACAAAUCUUUCCUCAUCGUUGGUGCAACUUGCUACUCUAUCGCUCCAAUGGCCAUUCUUCUGACCUUGACACCGCUCAUUGUUCUCAACCUGUACCGCAGUCAACGUAUGCGACAUAAUUUACAGCUACAGAAUAUAGCUAGAACAGCGAAAGAUACAUAUCGAGUUACAGUUAUGUUGGUUGGGAUAGUGAUAACAUAUAUAAUCUGUGUGACACCAAUCACUCUUCUACUCAUUCUAACAUUUUGGACCAACGAGCCGAUUUACGGAUCAACUAAGAUAGAAUAUAUCAUAUUUUCCGGGGUCGCCUCCACAUUUGAACAAAUAAACCACUCAAGUAACUUCUUCGUGUAUGUUCUAUGUUGCCGCCAGUUUCGACAAGGAUUUCUCCAUAUGAUGAGAUGUACAAGAAAGAAUGUAACUGGUACGGGAAGUUCUAUAAACGUUUCAUAUAUUGAAAAGGGAUUGGAAGUAUACGAUAAUUAGAAGACAAGGGAAGCACAAUGUAAAUACGACAAAAACUUUCGUGUAUGUGUUUAUGUUGUUACACUGAUUUUCCUAGGCUUUAGUGUAUAUGAUUUGAUAAUAUAUUUCUGCAGUAGUACAAGGCAGGAUUUCUGAAACUACACAAAUAUGUGCUAAUGUGUCGCUUUAGAAUUUUAACACUGAAUCGAACAUAAAAUAAAUGCAGAUUAUAUUUAAAAUGAUUACAGGUUUACACAAUGUGCACAUUUUAUAAGUGAAAAAAGCACGUCUUACUACUUAUCAUAGACAAGUCGGAAUAAAUCAAACAUAAAAUAAAGUCAACGAUAAGGAUUAUUCUAAAUAUAGCAAAUUUGAAAGUCUCAUCUAACAAAAAUAGAAACAAUAUUAAACGAAACAUUUUUACAUUUAUUUUGUUCUUUAAAACUAGUGAUGUCAGCAAUAUAUCAUUGUAUCAAAGGUGUUUGUGUCAAUUAGGAACAAACAUAUUUACGACGUAAUUGGAUAUACAAAAAUGUAUGUUGUCUAUAUUUUGAUCCACGCCAAAUAUUUACUGUACUGCCAUUUCAUUUGUCAAUCUUAUAAUGUGUUAUCACGUUUUUAGAUCUUCUUAAAUUAAUUUUGUAAAAAUGAACGUUUUAUAUUAAACAUUUCGC